GCCUGCUGAACCAACUGUCCUGAACCGCCGCCACUACCCGACGCUGCUGCGCUGCCAGCUGUCCCUGUGUAAGCUGUACUUUGCCUCGUGGGGACCCGAGGGCCAGCGAAACUUCCUCCAGAUUCUGGCACAACGCGACGGCCCCUUUGUGGCCCACUUCCUCGGCUCUCUGGCACAGCGAGACCCCCUGCUGGCUCAGGCACUGGCCCCGUGACCCCUCUCCCGCCCAAAUUAUUCCCAUCGUGGUCUCCCUGAACAAGAAGAGGAUCCGGGUGGGCAAAGAUGCUGAGCCAGAAGGGCCCCGCGUGCAGCGCUGCCGAGCAGUCUGCUUACCUGCUCAGCUGGUUCGGAGAGUACAGCGACCUGCAGCGUGACGACUUCCUGCACGUACUGGCCGAGAAGUAUACACUCCUGGGACCUGCCGGUGACGGUGACCUGGGGCUGUCACACCUCUCCAUCGGGAACCCCGAUGCCCCGCCCUCACUCUUCCAAUGUCGCAUGAGCCUGUUCGACCAGUGGUUUCAGGGCUGGAGUGACGAGGACAAAGCAAGCUUCCUCGACCGGCUACGGUCCCUUGACCCGGAGUUCGUGGACAAGCUCUCUUCGGUCCCCAAUGGCACAGCAGACCACAGUCCAACUGCGCCACUGCCGGCGACGACGACGACAGUCUUGGUUAAUCACUGCACGAGCGUGACGGUCAAUGGAGAUAGUCUCAAAGUCGAUGAGGAUGAAGAGGUGGAGGAGGAGGAAGAGGAAGGAAAUCGAGAGGUGGUCUCGCCAACGGAGGAACCGCAGCCUAUGCCGAGGAACGUCGUGUCGCCAAGCAGCGGCUCUGUUGAGGAAGAGAGGGUUUCGCCCAUGGGAGAAAAGAUAGAAUUUGAGGAACAAGAGGAGCUAGUGCUCUGAGGUUUCACAAGAACAUGCAAAAUGUGGCGCUACGGUAACAUCAGUCCAGUACAUGACUGGCUGUAUUUGUGUCAGUGGUACAGGACGUCUUCCUUGUGUCUUUUCAAGUUGUCUGGCUGGCUUCGUAAAGUCAGUGACAAAGCACAAGUAGAAUGUGUAAGCUUUCCUUAUUUCGCAUCGACGGCUUAGGACAUGCUGUAUUGAAUGUGGACAGGCAGAUUCAAACUGCUAACAGCUGCAUAGUGGCUUUGACAAGUGAUGUGUGAGCUGCCUUCUUUACUUUUCUAUUAAUUAAUGAUAGUAGACCUAAUUUCACAAGUUUAAUUACAUUUUUGGCCAGAUUUGGAUGACACGAUGCACAGCCGUAUGAGCCGUAUAUGAAUUUUUGUGACGAUAGAUGGAGAGAUUUUGUUCACAGGCUGAGACGGUUAAAACCAAUUGGUUUAAUUGUUGGUGAAAGUGUAUUUUGCAUGCCCAAUGACAGUAUUGUAUGUCGGCAGUAUGAGCAUUCCCAGUUGAAGAAUGAGGGACCAUCCCUUUUGUAUUUUUUGUGGCGUCUAGAAAAUAAACCUGUUGCACUGCACUGUGGAAGCAGAGUUGGGUCUAAGCAGUGUUCAGGCCACUG